UAAGAAGGGGAGACCUGGUAGCUGAUUUCUAUGUUUUGUUGGUUUUUUGAUGCGAUACCAGGUUUAACAUGAUCCAGUAAGCCAAACCGAAUUGAGUUCGAUUCCAUUUUGAUAGAUUUCAUUUAGUUUCAUCGAUUGGGACUAGGUUUUGACGCUUUUACCUACGUGUCAAGCAAGAGCAAGAGGCUACUCUGUGCCUGCAACCUCUAAGAUACGCCACGUCUCCUGUCCCAGUCGGCGAAACAGAAAUGGCCGCAGUGCAGCCGCUAACUCCACAGAAUUCAGAAACCCAUCGUAGAUUUUCCAUUUUCUCUUCUCUGCUUAAAAGAUCGAUCAGUCUCUUCCUCUUGCAAUCAUGUCUUCUUGUCAAACUGAGCUAAGCACAUCUCUACAUCACUCUGAUACUACUGAUACCAGUGUUUUAAGCCCAUCUUGACGAUCCCAAAGUUUAAUGAAAGAUAUAUAUCUAUGGAGGAAGAAGAAGUUGAGCUUAUUAAUCGUCGUUAUUUCAACAGCUACAUGGGCAAUACUGGAAAUCUAUGGAUUCAAUUUCAUUCCAGUGGUUUGUUGGAUGGCCAUGUUCAUUAUCACUUCCGUCUUCCUUUGGGGAAACACGGCUAGGCUGUUCCACAAGUAAAAAGAUGCCGUCGGCCAUGUCUGUAUGGGAAGUUUCAGAGGAAUUCACAAUGGUUUCACAGAACGCCGCCCGGGUAUUUGCAGAAGAAGGGAUACUCUGGACGUUUCGGGUUGGUGCGGAGGAUAAAUGGUUCAUCUUUAUUGGACUGGUUGCUGGCUUGUGGUUGAUCUCCAUUGUUGCUGGCUGGUUCAGUUUCCUUUCUUUCUCAUACAUCGGAUUAGUGAUCGGCAUGACUGUUCCGUUCAUUUUUUUCAAGUAUGAUGGUAAGAUAAAAGGGUUCAGGGUUCGAAUGGAGAUGCAGGGGAGUAGAUGGUACAGAAAGGUGGUGGUGGACUGGUUCCAGAGAAAGACGGAGUCCGAGGACAAGGUUGCAGAACCUAAAGUGAAGAAGGUCGAAUAGUAGUUUUAAGGCUGGGUUGGUCCCUGUGCUGAGCGGCCAUGGUUGUCGUCCUCUUGCAAUUCUUGUGAACCUAAAUGGUGAGUGUAAAUAUUGUUACGAAUUAUUCGUUGAUUUGUGAUUGGACUGAAUGAGAUGGAAUCCUAGGGGUGGAAGUUUGGCCCUCACAA